UCCCUGACCACCCGCCGAGGGUGGGCUGGGGGAAGGGGCGACCCCCGGAGGGCUCCAUUAGCCGCUAAUUACUUGCAAACAAGUAAACAAUUAGCUGCCCGGCCUCCGAGGCGGUGGGGAGGCUGCGCCGACUAGCCCCGGCUCCAGAUUGAAGCCAUGACGUGAGCUCCCUCGCCCCCUCCUCCUCCCUCGACUCCCCCCAGAUCUGGGUCGCGGGCUAUAAAGGCCCCCAGUGCGCGGAGUCGGGCCAGAGUCCCUGUCCGUCGUAGGGGUGCUGAAGCGCUCCGGCAAGCUGGGCUGCCAGCGGGCGUGCGUGCGCCCUUCGGAGCGCACUCGGGACUUAACGGCCCGGAGGCGGGGUGGGGGGCUACCGCAGCCACAGCCAUGGCCCUCUGCGCAACGGCCAAUUCCCGAACGCGGCCCGGCCUGGCGGAGAGCAAGGCUUCCCCGCGCUCCUUUUCCAUCGAGAGCAUUUUGGGGCUAGAACCGAAGAAGGAGAGCAGCCCCGCCAUCCCUCCGGCCAGGCCCUGGACAGAUCCCUGUCGCCCCUUGGGAGAAGACGGGAACCCACGCCUGUCCAUCCCUAGGUUGCCCAGCAGCAGCCUGCUCUCUCCCCCUGGGAGUUAUCCUAUGCCAGAAGAAAGGAUCUUGAAAUGUGAGAAAUACGGGUCUGCCUCGGAAAGGCUGUCUUUUAAGAGAGAGCUGAGUUGGUACCGAGGCAGGAGGCCACGAACUGCUUUUACCAGGAACCAGAUUGAAGUAUUGGAAAAUGUCUUUAGAGUAAACUCCUACCCUGGUAUUGAUAUCAGAGAAGACCUGGCUCGGAAAUUGAAUUUAGAGGAAGAUCGAAUCCAGAUUUGGUUCCAAAAUCGUCGGGCAAAGCUGAAAAGGUCACACAGAGAAUCUCAAUUCCUCAUGGUGAAAAAGAAUUUGAAUCCAAAUCUCUCCAAAUAGGAAGAAGCCGGUCUUUGGGACUGUAUUCCUAUUCCAGGUUGAGUGAUGAGCCAGUGGAGUUCCCUAGCAUCAGAAAUUGGGUGUUUUUAUUUACUGUAUCUCAUUCGAAAUUACCUGCUCUUCCUUUUCCCUAAAAAGACAUUGUAAAUACUAUUCCUGUAACACGAUGCAUAUUAUGUUAGAGUACUCU